UAUGACGCAAGGACCAGAACGUUCUGGAGAAUUUUAAAAGUUAUUCAUUAUGUGUAAAUUAUAAAAGAAGAAUAUAUCUAAUGGUUGCCAAUGUUUAAAUAGUAGUUGAUAAUUAAAAGUAAACUCAUAAUGAGGAAAGAUCAGAGAGAUAAUGUUUGCUGCAGGCUCAAGUUUCAGCUGUACUGACAAGAGGGAACUCGAGAGUUUUCUGGAAAGUUCCACGACGCUGUAGCCGAAAGUAUAAAUAUUGGUGCGAUGUGGAGCUGUGAAGCAUAUCUGAACUGACUUAGCGAGUUUAUAGAUUGGAGUAUUUUAGAAACUAACUAACAAUAACACAGUGGUGAAUUGUACGUUGAUGAAAAUGGGAAAAGAUUACUACAAAAUCCUUGGAGUCAGCAGAAAUGCAUCAGAUGGUGAAAUUAAAAAGGCUUAUCGAAAAUUAGCCUUAAAAUAUCACCCAGACAAAAACAAGACAAAUGAGGCAGAAGAGAAAUUUAAGGAAGUUGCUGAGGCUUAUGAGGUGCUAACAGAUAAAAAGAAGAGAGAGAUAUAUGACCAAUAUGGUGAGGAUGGACUAAAGGGUGGAGUACCAGGUGGUGAGGAUGGACAGCAGUACACCUACACUUUCCAUGGAGACCCUAGAGCCACCUUUGCAGCUUUCUUUGGUACUGACAACCCGUUUGAGAGUUUCUUUUCAGGUGGUUUGGGGGGCCAGACAGGAAUGUUCUUUAUGCAAGACAAUAUGGAUACUGGUGAUCCAUUUGUAAACUUAGGGGGUGGAAAUGCUUUCAGAUCACAGACUUUUUCCACCAGUAGCCCAAAUUUGACUGGACAUAGAACACAAAGACAGGACCCCACGAUUGAGCAUGACCUGUAUGUGACUCUUGAAGAAGUAAUGAAAGGCUGCACUAAAAAAAUGAAAAUUAAUCGUAAAGUUACAAAUCCAGAUGGGAGGACCAUACGCCCCGAAGAAAAAGUCUUAACUAUCAAUGUUAAACCAGGCUGGAAAGCAGGUACCAAGAUAACAUUUCAGAAUGAGGGGGAUAAGUUGCCAGGAGCCAUCCCUGCCGACAUUGUUUUCACCAUCAGAGACAAGCCUCAUCCUCUGUUUAAGAGAGAUGGUAGUGACAUAAAGUACACGGCCAAGAUAACCCUGAAAGAAGCACUGUGUGGAACAAAGAUUCAAAUCCCUACCUUGAGAGGAGAUAGGAUCCCUAUUCGAUUAGAAGGAGUUAUCAAACCACAAACAGUUAAAAGAAUCCAGGGACAAGGUCUUCCACAUCCUAAGGAACCAUCAAAACAAGGAGACUUGUUAAUUAGUUUUGCUAUUCAGUUUCCUGAUAGCUUGACAGAAAGCACAAAACAGAUAUUAUGGGACUGUUUACCUUGAACAGCUUGUCUUAUUAUGGGGCCAUUUACCUCGAACAGUUUGUCUUAUUUCUUGUAGUCACAAACCAUAUAUUCCAAAGAUUGUCAAGUGAUAUUGUUCCUGAUGUGAGGAACGUUUAGAGUUUUGCUUUUUUUAAGUUGCAGUAGUAGCAGAUGUCUUUGUUGGUGAAACUGUAACAUUGUCAUCAUAAUUGUUUAUCAUUAACACUUACAGAUGACUUGCUAAUUUAUUGAUAUUGUAAAAAAUGAGGAAUUGUGUGUACUGUAUUGUAUGAAUUGUGUACAGGUAGUUCCUAUGAAUCAAAUUGUGUACAGGUAGUUUCUAGGAAUCAAGUGAAGGAACAUUAAAAGAUGAAACCAUUCUUCUUCGGAUUAAAAACUUGUUUCACCCAGAGAGUAAUAUAAGUAUAGAUACUGUGUGUACAUAUAGAAUUGACUUAAUAUGUAUAAAGAUGUGUGUAUAUCAUGAAUUAUUGGAG